AUGAUAUCAUCAUCAUUGGAAACAAUGACUUCAUCAUCACUGGAGACAGUGACAUCACCACCGGAGACAAUUACAUCAUCAUCACUGGAGACAGUGACAUCAUCACUACCGGAGACAAUUACAUCAUCGUCACUGGAGACAAUGACAUUACCACUAGAAACAGAGACAUCAUCAUCACAGGGAGGAAUAACAUCGUCAUCAAUAACCCCUUCAAGAUCAUCGUUCAGUGUUUUAACAGAAAGUAUAAUUUAUUCUUCGGUAUGGUAUACAGAUUUAAUUUUUUUUCUGAUAAAAAUGUGUACAAAAGUAUUGUACACAGCAAUGGCCAAUGGUCUAUGAGUGAGAUCAAAUAAGGCUUUUCAAUUAAGUUGGGAAAAGCUUCAAUUCAGCAAUCCAAAUGCAACCAUUGCACCUUUGCAUAAUAUCACAAGUCAAAACAAUGCGUGACUGGAUGGCAUGGAGAACAGUCGACGGUGGGACUUUUAAAACAAUGAAAAGAAAAUAGAACAUUCUGGUCACUGAAUCAUGACCGCAAGGAAAACCAUCAGUUAAGUGUGAUUUUCUAGUUUUGUAUCAUUUAAUUUAUAAUGUAAUAAUUUUGUCACCUCCAUAUAGAUAUAUACAAAAUAUGUGUACUAGAUAGCAAAUAAGCAACACUGACACAACAUUCUUCCAAGAUAACACACUAAACAUAGACGUGACUGGAGAAAAGAACAGGACUUGCGUCCCAAUUGACACUUUACCCCUUUCAAUACUAGUAUAUGGUUAAACAAACAACUAUAUAACAAAUUUACUCAGAUGCAGCCAGGAGGACUAUAUGAUGGUAAUUUAGUAUUAUAGAACUCGCGUAGCCUGGCUCUAAAUAUGGAUAUACUAGAGUUAAUUACUAGAGAUUUCAGUUCUGAUGAAAGACUGGUUCACAGGUCUGCUGAUCUUAUAAAAAAGAGUUCUGUUUGUGAUUCAUCAGAAAGUUUAAAUUUUUCGUCGUAAUUGCGUCGUUCGAAGGUGCAUAAAUAGUUAUUGACAUCUAUAGAUAUUAGUCCGGUUUUUUAUUUGAAAACUAGCAACAGGUCGGAGAUCUCUCGGCGGAAAUCUAAGAUUGUACAGCGUUUUGUUUUCCAAUAAUUUCUUUCUCGAGAUGUGCAUUACCUUGCAUUUGUUGGAGUUCAACUCCAUUUUCAUGUCAAUACUCCAUCUCUGAGCGUUGUUAAGGUCUGCUUGAAGGAAGCUGCUAGAGGUUGGAUGUUCAAGAGUUCUGUAUAGUUUGGAAUCGUCGGCAAAGAGUGCGAGCGUUGAAUUAACCUGAAUGUAAUCUGGAGCGUCAUUGCAAUGCACCAGAGACAGUAACGGACCAAGUAUAGAGCCUUGUGGCACACCAGACGUAACCGGAAGCCAGUCGGAACAGACGCCAUGAAGAACGACUCGUUUUCUAUUUGUUAAGUAGCUUUGGAACCAUGAGAGGAGAGAACCUCCAAUAGAGGAGAGAACCUCCCAGACUGUGUGGUAGUUUAUCAAAUGGUUUCGAUAAAUCUAGGUAAAUGGCAUCAACUUCCUUGCCACUAGCCACAGAUUCCAAGAUGUCAUGAUAUACCUCCAACAGUUGUGUUGUUGUAGAUUUGCCCCUAACGAAACCGUGUUGCAUCUCAUAGAUGAGAGGUGCUAGAUGGUGAUAGGAAUGAAAAUGAACACAACGUUCCAAGACCUUGGACAGCACGCAGAGAAGGGCAAUUGGUCGGUAGUUGGAUGACAGUGUUGGACCUUCUUUUUUAAAGUGAGUGGGUACUAAGCCUAGGGGAAAGGGACAUGUUGAAUACCUUGGUCAAUGAAGGGGCAAUCUCAUGAGCAAGUUCUAUCAAUAGUCUACUUGGAAUGUCAUUAGGUCCGCACGCCUUUGUUGGGUCUAAGUGGCGAAGUACUUCAGCAACUUGCAACUCUGACAGAGUUGUUCAAUGUUGGAUAGUUGAGAAAGUGAAAAUGUGGGUAUAUUAGUCGGCAUGGGAGGGGGUUCUACACGGUACGCUUGGUUUUGGGUUCGAUCUUCUGAACAUUCAGGUUGUCGGUAAAACUGAUAAGUUUGUGAUCCGUUUGUGAUCCGUUUUCUUCAAACCUUUCUACGUUCCCAACUUCAUCAGACGUCAAGAUCCAGUGUAUUUUUAGCUCUUGUGGGAAAGUCUACCAGUUGCCACAGGCAGUUGUCUUUGACAGUAAAGUAGUUGUGAAUAGGAGUCAUCGGUUGUAGGUGAUCCGGUGGUCCAAUCAAUAUGUGGAAGGUUAAAGUCCCUGCAGAUAAUAAGCUGGUCAAAUUUGUUGUUAUUUUGGAUAAUCUGAAGAGAUUUUUUUAAUUCUUUGAUGUAGUUCAAGUCAGUGUCAGGUGGUCUGUAAAAUAUAAUUACCAGAAGUUUUUUUUUACUCUCUGGACGGAUCUAACAAACAACAUUUCCGUAUUACUUUCGAGAUCUUUCCUUCGCACGCUUAGGAUAGUAAGUAAUCUUGACUGCUAGCAGAGUUCCUCCACCAGUUCUAUCAACCCUGUCUCUACGAUGGAUGAUGGAAUCUUUUUCAGGCAAAAGUUCACAGUUUACAAUCUCCGGUUCAAGCCACGUUUCUGUAAUAGCAAUCAGAUCAAUGUCCGUCACCAGUAUUUGAAGUUCACUCGUUUUGUUACUUAAACUCCUUGCGUUAAGGUAUAAACAUUCCAAGUUAUGAGGGUUAGCUUCAUUAGGAGGUCUGGGAUAAAAUGGAGUAGAACAAGGACCUGGAUUUGUCGCCACAUCACCAGCCAACAAGAUUAAUAAAACAACGUGAGUUAGUUUACCAUGGACGUUCAAAUUUAUUCCGUAGCGAUAGUUGACGGGAUAGUUAAACUUUUUUGUUUUGUAUCACGAGUAGAAGUCCAAACACAACACAUAUGAUCAGGUUUUAAACUUGCAAGUUCAGAGUUAACAACAAUACCAAGGUGGUAUUAUUAUUUCAAGGUGUGCAAAGUAAAGAUUUUAAAUUGUGGAUUUAUAUCUAUAUACACAUAGUAGUUUCACAGCUUUUCGUGCAUUUAAACAAAGUUUGAGAAAAUUACUAGUUGAUGAACAGCACUUUUUGAACUGACUGCUGUAUACUCUAACUUGUGCCAUGAAAUGUUGUACUGUAUUCACUGUUGGUCUGUGCCAGUAUAGAUAGUGACAAUAUUACCAGAAAGCUCUGGAUUAAGAGGGAUUCAACUACCGGUACCUGGUGUAACAGAUUUUGCGUACAUUUUAUUUAGACGUUGUCUUCAAUGGUGCUCAGUUCACCAUCAAUGACUGUGGUAGUAAAAUCGUCGAGCAAUGGUGCUGUGACUGGUAGUGUUUUUCGUGGUCUUGUUGUGCUGUUGGUGAUUGUUUUGCUCCUUGUGUAUGUUUUCAGAAAGAGAAGAAGAACUGUUAUAAGGUAUGUGAAGAAGAAGAAGAAGAAGAAGAAUUUAAUUUAGCACACAUAAUCUAUAUACAAGUAUUAUACAAAUGGUAAAUGUAUGUGUAAUAAAAAAGUAAAAGUUAUAUAGAGGUAUAUAAUAAUCAGAUAUGCAUGCACAGUAGUCGAAGUAGCGUAAGGCUUUCGAGUUGACCACUGUCUACAUUAUAAGUUAUUUACAGCGAACGUGAAAUAAGUGUGUAAAAAAUUAAUCUUGACUAAAUAGUAGAAAGUUUUUGUACCUCUUUUUGAAUAUAUUUACAGUUAUAUAGACUGUUUAAUACUAUAGUCAAAUACUUCAAAUUUUUGAAGAUACAAACUUGAAUGUGAAUUUUCCAUAGUUUGUACGAGCAUUCGGUCUGAUAAAAUUUUGUUUUUAAUUGAUGUAAAUCGCGUGUUAUAAGCAUGACACUAGAUGCUAAAGAAGUACGCCGACGGAAGAUUAUCUUUUUCAUUGAUAACUUUGUAAAUAAAUGUCCCUAUUUUGAGUGAGAACAUAUUGUCAAAGUUUAGUAUUCUUAAUAAAUUAAAAUAAGGCGUAGCAUUUUCUUUUUUAUUGGCAAAGAAAAUGUUUCUGAUACAUUUAUUUGGACCAGUUCGGAUUUUUUUUUAGUUUGGAUGUAUAAGUAAUGCCCCAACUUAUAAAUCCAUAAUUGAUAUAAAGGUAUACUAGAGCAUAAUAGAGUUGCUGUUGAAGAGAGUGGCUAAGAGGCAAUUUGUUAUUUAAAUACAUUAAAUACUUUAUUUACAUCAUGCUGAAUCACAAAGGUUUACAAGAAAUGAUUAGAUAUUAUUUGCAGUUACAAUUGGCCACCUACUAAAUUUACACACACCCCCUGCAGUUUUAUUUAUGUAGGAUAUAGAUCUAUCAGUUGUCUAUUAAUUGUAAUAAUAAAUUAUUUUUUAAGUUAAAGAAUUUUUUCUUUAUAGAUAUGGACAUACUCGGUCAAAGAAAGACUAUAGAGAAAACCAAGGUAUAACUGUUUGAAAAUAUUUGAAAAAUGAUAGCACCGAAAAGGAGAAAUAUCGAAUUCCCAAAUUAAGAAACCAAUAUGCAAAGCAGGCACUCGCCGGCUUGGUUGUUAAAGAAUCUCAAGAAUAAAGCAUGCAACUGAUGCUAGCUAACAAAAUUCUCCAAAGAUCUUGAUGCUAUCAUCGUAAAUUGUGUCAAAUGGUCAUACAAAAUAACUUCUUUUAAUUAAGAACAGGCUUAACAACAGAUUCCAAAGAAAUUGCCCACUCUCUGAUAAAGAUAAAUUUAUAAUUGCCCACUCUCUGAUAAACUCUCUUCAUAAAUAGGGGCCCAGUUCAAAUCAGCAUUUUGUAACGAAUGCCUUUCUCUACCUAUAGACGCCCCCAUGCAGCACUUUGCGAGCAUUCUGAAAAAAGUAUGUGAACUAUCAGAGUUGACAUUGUUUUUCUAAAAUACCGUAAUCGAUGGUGUUUCAUUGGCAUUUGUAUGCCUAUACGGUUUCCUAUACGGAAAAUAAAUGAAAGGGUUCGUUAAAAGCGUAACACUACUGUAUGUAAUAAUGAAUGCCUCUCUAAUAGACGCCUCUUCUCUAAUAAACAUUCCAUUCUAAAUGUACGACAAUUUAAUAAAAGUUCCGGGCGUUUAUUAAAUAAUUUCCAAUAUGCAGGCCUUAAAAUAUUGGUCGGUCACGGACAUUGUCCGACCCAUUCGUAAAAUUGUCCGACGUAAAGAGGAAACCACCGGACAUUCUGUCCGACUAAAAUGAAACUGAAGUUUAUUGUUUGUCCGACCCGAGUGUAUUGGUGUCCGACCGAACUGUAGCUUUGUCCAACGUAAAUAAAAAUGUACGUACCUAGCCCAGUAUUAGAGGCUUGUAUGUUAAAUGGAAAAUCAGAGUACUAUUGUAUAAAAGGUGAACUGCAAAUGUUGUUUUAACGUAGACGAGCGCGGGGCGGCGAGCGAAAUGGUGAAGUGGAAAACGGUCUUAAGCUGUCGAAGUCUUUUUUAAUACUGCUGUUCUGGCAAGCAAGUUAAUUUUGGCUUGGAAAUAAGUAUGAAAGAAACAAAUUAUUUAAUAUCUUUACAACAUUUACCGUUUAUUCAUUUGUGUCAUUCAGACUUAUUUCCGAGUCAAAACUGAACUGAAGGUCAUCGGACAUAUGUCCGACCCAAACUCAACGUCACCGGACAUUUUGUCAGACGGCCCUGGAAAAGAUAUUUUAAGGCCUGAUGUAAUUUACAAGACAAAUUUUGAAACUGAUGUUUCAAAUUACAGAUCAAAAUCAACCACCCCCCUCGGAGGCAUCACCCGUGCCUUUAAAUCCACUCCAACCUUCAAACAGCAACCAAUCAACACAAAGAAUAUCUCAAGAUUAUGAAGUACCGUGUGAACGCCAAUAUGAGUACGUCGAUAAAACCGCGAUUGCUCCGCCCAAAACCUCCACUUAUGAUUACGCUGUCUUUGAUGGACAACUGAAGAAUAACCAUGGGACAAGAGUAGGAUUAGAUGAGGACGAUUAUGUGAUCACAAAUGAUGCAAGAAACAAGUCGUACAUCUCAGGAGAUGAUUAUGUGAUCAAAAAUGAUGCAGGAAACAACACAUCGUACAUCUCAGGAGAUGAUUAUGUGAUCAAAAAUGAUGCAGGAAACAACACAUCGUGCACCUCAGGAGAUGAUUAUGUGAUAAAAAAUGAUGCAAGAAACACAUCGUGCAUCCCAGGAGAUGAUUAUGUGAUCAAAAAUGAUGCAGGAAACAUAUCGUGCACCCCAGGAGAUGAUUAUGUGAUCAAAAAUGAUGCAGGAAACACCACAUCGUGCACCUCAGGAGAUGAUUAUGUGAUAAAAAAUGAUACAGGAAACAUAUCGUGCACCCCAGGAGAUGAUUAUGUGAUCAAAAAUGAUGCAGGAAACACAUCGUGCACCUCAGGAGAUGAUUAUGUGAUAAAAAAUGAUACAGGAAACACCACAUCGUGCACCUCAGGAGAUGAUUAUGUGAUAAAAAAUGAUACAGGAAACAUAUCGUGCACCCCAGGAGAUGAUUAUGUGAUCAAAAAUGAUGCAGGAAACACAUCGUGCACCUCAGGAGAUGAUUAUGUGAUAAAAAAUGAUACAGGAAACACCACAUCGUGCACCUCAGGAGAUGAUUAUGUGAUAAAAAAUGAUACAGGAAACAUAUCGUGCACCCCAGGAGAUGAUUAUGUGAUCAAAAAUGAUGCAGGAAACACAUCGUGCACCUCAGGAGAUGAUUAUGUGAUAAAAAAUGAUACAGGAAACACCACAUCGUGCACCUCAGGAGAUGAUUAUGUGAUAAAAAAUGAUACAGGAAACACCAUCGUGCACCUCAGGAGAUGA